ACAUCUAAAGAUAGAAAUUUAUGAUAAAAACAUAAGAAGAUCCAUGAAUUUUUUUUUAUGUAAAGAUCUCAAUUUCCGAAACGAAAACGAGAAAAGCCUUCAGCUUCGAAACUACGCAUAUAAAUACACAUCUCGUUGUGGAUAAAUCUAAACAGAUCAAUUCUAAGUUCAUACAAUCAACUGAAUUCAUACAAUCAACUGAGUUAUGGGUAAGAGGAAGUCUAGUGCGAAGCCACCCCCAAGGAAGAGGAUGGACAAACUCGACACUGUCUUCAGCUGUCCCUUCUGUAACCAUGGCACCAGUGUGGAAUGUCGCAUUGAUAUGAAAAACCUGAUUGGCGAGGCUUCUUGCCGGAUUUGUGAAGAGAGCUUCAGCACCACCAUAACAGCUCUAACAGAGGCCAUUGACAUAUAUAGCGAAUGGAUUGACGAGUGUGAACGCGUCAACAAUGUGGAAGACGAAGAUGAUGGAUAGUUUCUCCUCCUGACUUCAGUUUGUUUGGGACGUUCUUAGCUAAUCUUAUAUGUGCCUGAAGUCAAUUGUGAGCUUUUAAUGGUGGACUCUGCUGUAUCGUACACACUAUAUCUAUUGUGUGUAUAGUUUAGCAGAAGUGAUGCCGCCUAAUAUUAAUAUCAUGUUUUUAAUUUGUACCAAAAUAAAUUACCCAAUAGUUUACUCUGUGAUCGAAAAA